UCAGUCCUCAACUCCGGAAAAGGGAAAAUUGUAUCGAACCAGAGGGGCGCAAAGGACAGGUCGAAAAAGAAACAGGUCGUCGUUCAACCUUCCCUAUCUUCGCUUUUCCGACAGGUGCCACAGGCAUCAACGAACUCCCCCACAUCGCCAGAAAAUCGGGUAAACAGGAAGGAGAUACCAAUCCUCUGUUUGCCACGCUUCGAACCUGGCGAUACAUAUCUCGCGUAUUCGGAAUUUGCGCCAGAUACUAUAUGUCGUUGAAUGCCCCGUGAUACCUCCCUAGAGGCGAGACCCCGACCUACAAAGAUGCCCUCCGUUGGCCCUCAACUUCCACCCGAAUUACAGAAGCGCAAACGCAGCACCGACGAAGACGAUGAAGAAGGCAGCUCCUCAGACUCAUCUACCGGCCCUUUACCUCAGCGGCCAGGCUCAGGUGCACAGUCACCAUCGUCAGCCAAAAGAAGUCGAGUGUUGGGUCCAACCCUUCCUCCCGCACCUCUAGAUGAGCGCCCAUCAAGUCCUCCGCAGCCUGAAAGCGACAACGGAAGUGAGAGCAGCGACGAUGAUGAUUUUGGUCCGAGCCUUCCCUCUGCAAACGAUGGCCCUCCCGUAAAAUCCUCUGGUUCUAUAGGGCCACAGAUACCUACACCUUCCGCCCCUCCAGCGCGUCUUCAGCGCGACGAAUGGAUGACGAUUGCGCCCACGAAUGGCGACUGGUCUUCGCGGGUUGACCCGACAAAGCUCAAGAACCGCAAGUUCAACACCGGAAGAGGCGCAAAAGGACCACCUCAAAAGAGCGGCGCAGGAGGAGAGUCAUGGCAUGAGACUCCUGAGCAGAAACAAGCCCGACUGAGAAGGGAAGUCAUGGGCAUCACAGAUCCGACUGGACCCUCUGACGUGAAGACCAAGAACGUUUCUGAUGCGCACGAGGAGGCGACGGCGAAGAGGCUGAGAGAGUACAGUGAAAAGCAAAGAGGCCCCUCUCUGUACUCCUCUCACAACUCUUCUACCAAGCCGAUCGAAGAGGACGACCCCAGCGCGCGGGCAUUCGAUCGCGAGAAAGACAUUGCUGGUGGCGCUACCAUUAAUGCCACGAAGCGCAGAGAAAUGGUCAAGAAGGCAGGCGACUUUUCAUCGAGGUUCAGCGAGGCGAGGUAUCUAUAAUGUCGCCUGUGGAUGGAGUAUUGAAUGUGUCGACAUCGAUAUCAGCCAUAAUCUGCUCGGAGUGAUGGUCACCUCCGAGCAUCUUGACGUUUGCAACAUGGUUGAAAUGGCCUCCCGCCAUAAGCGUGCGCUUGCGAUGAAGGGCUAGCAGUGGAGAGCCAUAAGGAGACGUCAAUCAGGGUAGCCAGCGAAGCACUGCUUCAUGAGAUCAAACCGCGUGAUUCCAAGAAUUUACAGCCAGAUCACUGAACCUGGCACCUUGGUCGAGGUUUCGCCAUAACAUGACUACAUAUCUGGCGGAAUUUUCGGAGACAACGAUCAGGCAUGCUGUGGCGGAGCACCACCUGGGCAGGACGCUGCUAUGAAACUGGAGCAGUAAAAACAUGCACAGUGACUGACGGCGAGUCGCAUACGGCAGCCGGUGACCCAGUAUCUUUGCCAACGGUCAGACCAUGUAAACCGUGGCCUUCGUCUUUUCCAGGAGGCAAACCACACAGCGAGCGCAAUGGCAGCCGAUAUCCCUCAUCCUCUGAGCGAGAUUCCACUGAAGACCACAUACGAACCAGCAAACCAGCGCACAGUGGCUGAGGUAUGCAUUGUUUUGUCGCGAAGGGGACAACAAAGGCCAGGAAAAGACUAGGGAGUCUCUCAUCAUGUGCCUUUGUGCGGCUUGCGCCACGGAAACAGGCCAUGAUGGGCCCCAAAGUUCAUUCAUGCUGCAGCGCCGAAGCGGAUUUUCCAAAGCCAACACGGAGUCGCUGACAUAGUAUUCCAUUAUCAUCCACGGUGAUAUGUACGGAGUACUCGUGUCAACGGAUGACUGCGGAACAUCCGGGGAUACAAAUACCCCGUAAAUAUGUCAGCAUCUCGCAUACUCAUAUCUGAUGGUUGUGCUCACCCAGUCACCCGGUCCUCGUACCAGUAUAUCCUACAGGGUAAUGGCCCGCGACGAUUUGUCAACUACCUUACCUACCUUAGCUCUGAACUCGCGCAUUCAAGCAUCGUCUAAAACACGAACAUCCCGGGCUCAGCUAGCUCGGUUGGUUGUAUAUCCGCCCCUGCCGCCCCUACUUUGCACAUGUCUGGGUAUCUACCGAUCUACUUACUAUGGUACUGUGGUUCCUCGGAGCCGCAAAAGUUGAUGGACUAACCACCGGACACACUCCGGAUCAAUCCCCUUUCGAGGUCAAGGUGACGGGGCUUGUCGUUGGGUCGUCCGCUCCGGACUUCCGCUACGCACGACCACCACAACCUCGACAACCUACCAGCAUUCCUUGCCCUCCUACUCAAUCCAGCUAGGGGCCCGUGUCGCCUACGUACGAGUACCAUAGUACUGUAGUAUACGAGUACUACAGUCACCCCCUGGCGGACGGAGCCCUGGCGUCUUCCCAAGCCCACAAGCGACGCUCUGUACGGAAUGAUUGCCCUUGCAUUGUGCUUGGAAACUGGGCGAACACACUGGACAGGAUCGAGGACUGACUGGUUCGGAUUGACUACGUACUACAUAGUGGGUGGCGCAAGCCACGACGGUAUGAGAUGAUUCCGGAGCAAGGCUUUGGAAUACUACGAGCUUCACACCCCUGCUCUACCGUCGUCACCCGAUAAUUUGCUUCUGCGCCCCGUCCGGAUGAUUCUCUCAUCUCCCUCGGCGCUUCUUGCUGGGAUGCGUCAUGCGCCAAUCUCUGUUUCAUGUAUCACAUAGCCUCGUCAGGGUGUAAGCAAAAAAGCUGCGGCUGAAGAUUGGGGGCCAUUUAAAGGUCAGCCCUGUCGGACGUCAUCUCACGGCCCAAAGACAAGGCUUCGUGCCCCACUCUGAUGGUUGAGGACGGUCCAG